CGCGCCGCCCACGGCCCGGCCCCGGCGCCGGGAGGACUCUCAUGCGCCGGGCGCGGCGGCGCCUCCCCGGAUCCGAGCCUCCCUCGGCUGCCUCGUCGCGAUCCUCCAGCUGAGAGCGCCGCUGCACCCACGGCCGGCGAUGCGGGGCGCCGGCGCGGCCACGCCGCGCUCUCCCGUGGGCUUGUGCACCCUGGUGCUUGCGCUCCUGGGCGCGCUGUCCGCGGGCGCCGGAGCGCAGCCGUACCACGGCGAGAAGGGCAUCUCGGUGCCAGACCACGGCUUCUGCCAGCUCAUCUCCAUCCCGCUGUGCACGGACAUCGCUUACAACCAGACCAUCCUGCCCAACCUGCUGGGCCACACCAACCAAGAGGAUGCGGGCCUCGAGGUGCACCAGUUCUACCCGCUGGUGAAGGUGCAGUGCUCGCCGGAGCUGCGCUUCUUCCUGUGCUCCAUGUACGCGCCCGUGUGCACCGUGCUGGAUAAGGCCAUCCCGCCGUGCCGCUCCCUGUGCGAGCGCGCCCGCCAGGGCUGCGAGGCGCUCAUGAACAAGUUCGGCUUCCAGUGGCCGGAGCGGCUGCGCUGCGAGAACUUCCCGGUGCACGGCGCCGGCGAGAUCUGCGUGGGCCAGAACACGUCCGACGGCUCCGGGGGUCCGGGCGGCGGCCCCACCGCCUACCCCACCGCGCCCUACCUGCCCGACCUGCCCUUCACCGCGCUGCCCCCGGGGGCGGCCGAGGGCCGGGGCAGGUCCUCCUUUCCCUUCUCCUGCCCCCGGCAGCUCAAGGUGCCCCCCUACUUGGGUUACCGUUUCCUGGGCGAGCGCGACUGCGGCGCCCCGUGCGAGCCGGGCCGCGCCAACGGCCUCAUGUACUUCAAGGAGGAGGAGAGGCGCUUCGCCCGCCUCUGGGUGGGCGUGUGGUCGGUGCUGUGCUGCGCCUCCACGCUCUUCACGGUCCUCACCUACCUGGUGGACAUGAGGCGCUUCAGCUACCCGGAGCGGCCCAUCAUCUUCCUGUCGGGCUGCUACUUCAUGGUGGCCGUGGCGCACGUGGCCGGCUUCCUGCUGGAGGACCGCGCCGUGUGCGUGGAGCGCUUCUCCGACGACGGCUACCGCACGGUGGCGCAGGGCACCAAGAAGGAGGGCUGCACCAUCCUCUUCAUGGUCCUCUACUUCUUCGGCAUGGCCAGCUCCAUCUGGUGGGUCAUCCUGUCGCUCACCUGGUUCCUGGCGGCCGGCAUGAAGUGGGGCCACGAGGCCAUCGAGGCCAACUCGCAGUACUUCCACCUGGCGGCGUGGGCGGUGCCCGCGGUCAAGACCAUCACCAUCCUGGCCAUGGGCCAGGUGGACGGGGACCUGCUCAGCGGCGUGUGCUACGUGGGCCUGUCCAGCGUGGACGCGCUGCGGGGCUUCGUGCUGGCGCCCCUGUUCGUCUACCUCUUCAUCGGCACGUCCUUCCUGCUGGCCGGCUUCGUGUCGCUCUUCCGCAUCCGCACCAUCAUGAAGCACGACGGCACCAAGACGGAGAAGCUGGAGAAGCUCAUGGUGCGCAUCGGCGUCUUCAGCGUGCUCUACACCGUGCCCGCCACCAUCGUGCUGGCCUGCUACUUCUACGAGCAGGCCUUCCGCGAGCACUGGGAGCGCACCUGGCUCCUGCAGACCUGCAAGAGCUACGCCGUGCCCUGCCCGCCCGGCCACUUCCCGCCCAUGAGCCCCGACUUCACCGUCUUCAUGAUCAAGUACCUGAUGACCAUGAUUGUGGGCAUCACCACGGGCUUCUGGAUCUGGUCCGGCAAAACCCUACAGUCGUGGCGCCGCUUCUACCACAGACUCAGCCACAGCAGCAAGGGGGAGACUGCGGUAUGA